AUGGGGAGAAUCAAGAAAGCGGCAGGCUCAAAGCAUGAGGCUACAAUUUCACCAUAUCUGUCUGACUUCAUCAAGCUUGCAACUAAGAUCCCUCUCGCCCAGCUUCCAUCACACCUCCGAACCCUUCCACGAACAUGGCCAUUCCCACGAGGUGACCUCUACCACUGGAUACCUUUGUUAGACCGAUUCGACGAUAUCUUGGCCUCUGUAAUAGAACAAUAUGGAUUGAAUAUUGGUCCUCAGGUGACGCCGUUUGGUCGUCAUGUCUUGCUUGAUGCAUCAGCAGACCAGGACACUGAUGUUGAUGAAUUGCUCAGCGGCCUUGGCUACGGUUCUGAGGGUGAUCGAGAACUUGUCGAGGCUAUUUUAUCCUUUUCACAAUUAUUACAAGAGAAAUGUGGUAAUCGCAGUCUCUAUAGCAGCAGUGACCGUCUGAAUGACCUGUUGAAUACAACAUCAAACACCCUUCUAAUAACCACUCUUCGACUUGCUCUUUUACUCGCCCAGCGAUACCACGCCCGGCAACGUAAUGCAAGCGCCACUCAUUUUCAACAGGCUCUACUGGCUGCUCAUUACAAUAUUGAUCUUGACAAAGUCCAGAAACUCUCUUCCCCCUUUGCUCGACCAACUGUAUUUGGAAAGCCCCCAGUCGCACCGACGUCCCCUGCUGUCAAGGCAAGAGAAAAGGCCGUUCAGACAAGGCACGAUGCCAAUGACGCUGCUGUACUUUUGCGUGAAAAAGAUGGGUGGGAGGAAUGGGGGAACAUUCGUGCUGUAUAUUAUCCGGGCGUCUCCGAGCUGGAGAACCCCCUGAAGGAAACCCAACCGAGUGAGCAGUCUCAACAGUACCAGGCGGCUCCAUCUACACCUACGCCACUGCGGAGAAGUGCUACCAUGCCCACACCGCGGCUCAGUCGUAUGUCCAGCAAUGAAGACUCUCCGUCAGUUUACACCGGCACACCAUCUUCAAGGGUGGCGGACUCUGCUCAAAACUCUAAACUGGUGGAAAUACCUGCAGCGGUUGUUAGCUCAACGUCCUUGGAGUCUAUUAUCGGUGUAAAAUUGGGUGAAAUUCCGACAGAGUCAAAAUACGAUUUCUUACACCGAGCCCGCGUCGCCCAGUCUCUAGUCAGAUCUGAAGUGACUCGUGAGCAAAUAUUGACCAUUCGGAUUCUCGCACUUACCAACCUAGCAUAUCUGUAUCCCGAAGCUAUUAUGCAGCAGAGAAUUUUGCAACAGGAUUCAGAUCAGCCUAAGCGGUUGCAGAUAGCAUAUCAACUUGCUGAGUUAGCUCAUUUGGGUGCUAGCGGGGAUCUUCCGGCUCUACGAACUACACAGACCGCUGCCCUCUAUGCUCUGGAUGCUCUUACGAAACAUAAGGCAAGGUCUGCUGAUGUCUGCGCCGCUUUGAAUGUCAACGUUAACCAUGGAAUUUUGAUGUUCCUGACACGAAAGACAAUCACAGAGCUUUCCGCUGACCAGGAUGAUGGUGAAGAGUCUGAUGAGUGGCGAGACGCUCUUCUCUUAUUACUCCGGACAUUGCCAGGCUCCAGUUCACGGACUCCAGAAACUCUAAUCGCUGCAGGCCUGAUCCCCAUGUUCGUGGAUGUUCUUAAUCUACGCACUGAGAAGGCGCGGCGCGUCUAUCCACGUGUGUUAGAGUUCCUCGACACGUUCGUUCACGCUGUGCGAGAUGCUCUUGGGACAUUGGCCAAUGCCAAGGGAUUUGAUGCUAUUUCCGAUCUGAUAGGCUUCGAGACCAAAUCUGCUUUCGACAAUGUGAACGAAGGAAUCGGUAUUCCGACCGAGUAUCGCACCCCGUCUGUCGAUUACGACAUCCCCUACUUCCAGCAGCAAUCAUUGAGAUGGCUAUUCAGAUUCGUUAAUCACAUUAUGCAGCACAAUGGUGGGGGCUUCGAUCGAUUGCUACGCAAUCUCGUUGAUUCUCCUCCGUUGCUGACAGCACUACGCCUUGUUUUCGAGAAUGCGAAGAUAUUUGGUUCUCAUGUCUGGAGCGGGGCGGUUAGCAUCCUUAGCAGCUUCAUACAUAACGAACCGACCAGUUAUGCUGUUAUUGCUGAAGCCGGUCUCAGCAAGAGUCUCCUGGAAGCUAUCACUCUGAAAGAAGUGAAAGGUCCGGAAGUCGAGGCGACAGCAAUGGCUGAGGAAGACGAAUCGAGAGUUCAGUCUGCUGCACCUUCUUCAGGUUCCACGGCAGCUGCGAACAUCUCCUACAGCCUUUCCCGAUCUGCCGAUCAGCAGCUAGCUCGCGGUAUUAUACCCGCCUCUGAAGCAAUGUCUUGUAUUCCUCAAGCUUUUGGUGCUAUCUGUCUCAAUUCAGCUGGCCUGGAGUUAUUCCAAUCUUCAGACGCCUUAGAAAGCUAUUUUGAGAUAUUUGAGAGCCCUGUGCAUGUUAAAUGCAUGGAUGCCAACUUAGUCCGCUCAUUGGGCACGACUUUUGAUGAACUUGUCCGACACCACCCGUCUUUGAAGCAGUCUGUUAUGUCAGCUGUGCUCGUUAUGGUAGCUCGCGUUGGUCUGUUGUGUAAAAAAAUGGCUUACAAGGGUGCUGGUGCAAAGCUAUGGACUUCGGAUGAGCAAGGAAACUUGACUGUCAUAGGAGGCAAAUCGAGCUUGUGUACUGAGGUCGGUGAAUCGUUUGAGGACACAGCUGAGCGCGAUGGGCAAUUUUCUUACCCUGCAUUACAGGAGAGGAGUCUCCCCAAUGGCGGUAAGCUAAACUUAGGCCAGGUCCCUGAUGCUCAAGAUAUCUCAUCUACCCCCCCGGAUGCAGAUGAGUGGGGGCUUACUGCUGCAAACUACAUCUAUCCAGUCAUGCGUUUCUUGGGAGCGUUCUUUGAGAAUCAGGUUAACUGCACAUAUUUCAUUGAAAGCGGAGGGGUUGAAUUCAUUCUGGACUUUGCUACUCUGCCCAGCCUGACUUUCGAUUUUCAGAGUCGUCAAGCCAACACUGAACUGGCUCAAUUGGUACAUAUGAUGGCAGAAACAAAGCCUCACCUUGUUAUCCCUUCUUUAGUCAAGCGGACCCAGAAAUCUGUUGAUUGUCUUGCCGACUUUUUCAAAGCACCUCGACCGGAUGGUUUUUUCACCUCUUUAACAAAGCCUGAGCUUGGGGAUGCUAUGGACACCGGAACUACACCUGAGCGUGAUAUUAGGCUAGCCGAAGAACGGGGAACAUACUACGUGAAGCAUCUUGUUUCUACACAUGUACUGACCGACAUUCUUCGUGAGAUUUAUACAACACCAAUGUACCAGACGCGCCCUAGCCAACAAACAUCGGCCUUUUCUCAAGUUAACCUAGCGGAGCAGUACACAAAUCUUGUUAUAUCACUAGGCCAACUUCACGCCGCAUGUGUUUGGGACGAGAUCCUUGUGCAGAAGAACUUACCCCAGCGCUGGAUUGAGGCCACGAAAGUGCGAGGGUACGACUUAGGUAGUGAGGAAGCCAACGAGGCGCUUGGGAUGUCUGUCAGUGAGGAUCGACGUAACCCUCUAUCCAAUGUUGAACCUGCUCCAGCGACUUCAUCCACGACACCGGCUGCUCCAGAAGAUCGGGUAGCCGACUCUGCACCAACUGCACCAGCAGAUGAAGGUGCCCAGUCUGAUGAUGAACGCAAGCCUGCAUUCAAAAACACGCAAGCCCUUCGCUACCUCCUUAGCUCCUUACCGACUACCAUAUCUGGGUUUUUCCAUUUGCUUGGGCAUGGUAUUCUCGGGAAACGCCGACCUGAUGCUUAUUCCCGACAGAAUGCUUCAAUGGUGGCUGAUGCCAUCGCUGGAGUUGUAAUUCGUCAACUACAGUUGGAUGCCCCAAAUAAGUCUUCGGAUAUCAGGGAUCGCUUUUCUUAUCUCAUUGUGAUCUUGUCUGCUUUUACACAAUUGCUUUUCGAAGCGCCCGUUGAGCGGUCUCAUUCGCAUUGCCUAACCGCUAUUCUGUUUGCUUUCAAGAGACAGAAUGGCCUGAAUUUAAUGAAGAAUCUAUGUGGAUUGUUCUUACAUGAGAUCAAUUCAUUAGCACCGCAAGCCGGAGGAGGAUUUGAUGACCCUAAUAAGUCGGCCCGCUUAGCAUCGGCUUAUGGUGGUCUGAGGUUUAUUUUGACGUUUUUCGCAGAGGUCACGUCUGUUAAGGAGUCAAGUCAGACACAAGCCCUCUUAUCAACGGAACGUGAGCGGGAUCGCCCUGAUUACUUCAAUCCUGGUCAAUUCCUGGUUGACCUACGAAUGGAAGUCCUACCCAUGGUCAGAGAGCUCUGGAGCUCCGAUUUCGUUGAUAGAGCUUCGAGUUCAAUUGUGAAGUGCCUGGUUGAAAUUCUCCGCAAUAUUCUUGAUGGUGAACAUGAGAAUGGGGCAAUUGUUCAGAGGAUCAAUGGCCAUCAAUUUUAUUCAGAGUACCCCAAGAAGGAAUUUUUUCUCAAUCAGGACCGGCUGAAUACACUUGUUGAAAGGGGCUUCGACUUGGAUCUGGCACAUGAAGCUCUUUACCGGUGCAACAAUGUACUGGCCACAGCAGACGAGUACUGCCAUGCCCAGACUUGGUUGCGGCCACCUCCGAGGCUGCGACCGGAGUCCGAUCUUGAGUCGACAAGAAGGACGAACACAGGUGGUGACGAUGCGCCAGUACCUGAUGCAUCUUCUAAUUUGUCAGUAGCGGAUACAAAUUAUGCUUUGGCAAGAAUCAUCCGUGAAGGUCCGCCUCGCUUAGUACAGGGCGAAGGCAGCUCCAACAAUAAUGUGGAUCAUGAGGCGGGUAGCAAUGCUGAGUUUCUCACGCGGGCAUUGAGUCGAUAUUUCGGCGAUCCAGAAGCUCUUCUAAAUGAGUCUCAAGAUGAUGCACCGUCACGGAUGCACCGUCGGGCUCCAAGUGAGUCUGUAGCGCAGUCCACAGAGCUGCGUAGGCGUGAAAUCACCACGAUUGAAGAUCUUGAUGCGGAACGCGAUAAGCUACGGAAGAAUAUGAUAGAGCGGUGUCUGGAUGUUCUCAAUGUUCACCACGAUGUCACUUUCGAGCUGGCGGAUCUCAUUUCAUCGGCCACGAAGAAACAUCGGGAUCUAGAGGGAUUCAGAAAGGAAGUCGGUGAAACUUUGGUGCAAUCACUGAUUUCACUACAAAUAGAUGACGAUGUCCAGCCUUCUGGUAAGAAGAUUGCCGCUUAUGCCAAUCUUCUGGCACUGGUCCUGCAAGACAGAUCGAUCUACCUUACAACGUUAGACGAGCUGAAAGAGUGUUUCUUGACUCUACUUGGGUUCAUAAAGAUCCCGAUCUCCGAUAAGGCGGCGGAAGAAUCUUCACCGUGGGUCGGGCAAGUUCUUCUCGUCAUCGAAAAAUUGCUCUCGGACGACUCAGCGCCACCUCAGAUUCAGUGGGACGCCCCAUCGACUCUCGACGAACCUGUAGAUACUGGACCGGCUUAUCUCAAGCCAUCUCUUCUUUUAUCCUCCGACGAAAAGACGCAGUUAUUUGAGUCCCUACUUGACGUCUUACCUAGAGUUGGAAAGGACGAGUCUCUCGCUUUAUCCGUCUGUCGAGCUCUUGUCAUUCUUACAAGAGCCCGGCACAUUGCGAUUCGUAUGGGCGAGAAACGCAAUCUUCAACGCCUAUUUGUCAUGAUGAAACAGCUUUCGAGCUCUUCAAACGAUAGGCUGCAAGGCGCCUUCAUGCUGAUAUUACGGCACAUUGUUGAGGAUGAUGAAACCGUCCGGCAGAUAAUGCGAAGCGAAAUUACUGCUAGUUUUGAGUCCAGAUCAUCGAGACAAACAGACACGACUGCUUAUGUACGACAAAUGUACCACCUGGUUUUGAGAUCUCCUGAGAUUUUCGUCGAAGUAACAAAUGAGAUCCUCAAAAUUCAGCGUUACGAACCAAGCCAGAGACCUCAAAACUUGGCUUUGAAGGCUCCUAAAGCAGAAGCAGCACCAGAAAGCAAAGAACCGGCAGACAAAGUUGUGGAUACUGUCGAAGGAAAAGAGCCUACAGACACGAAAGAUAAGGGCAAGGUGGUUGAGUUAAAACCUCCAGUCGUGGAGCACCCGGAUGGUGUGAUUCACUACUUGUUGUCUGAAUUAUUGUCCUAUCGUGAUGUAGAAGACAAGGAUUCUGGGACAGAAAAUGUUGAAGCUGGCACUGCAAACGCCCCAGAGCCACAUAAUGAACCUGAUAUUUCUGUCGGUGAAACAUCGCCAUCGUCUUCAACCGCAGAUCUUGGUGUUUCCCGAGAAUCGAAGAAGCAAGAAAAGCCGGCAUUCAAAGCGGACGACCACCCCAUCUACAUUUAUCGAUGCUUCCUUCUUCAAUGCUUGACUGAGCUGCUUUCCUCGUACAAUAGAACGAAAGUGGAAUUCAUCAAUUACUCUCGCAAAGCGGAUCCCAUGGCAACUACUCCUUCUAAACCUCGUGGUGGGGUUUUGAACUAUCUUCUCAAUACAUUAGUGCCUACUGGGACAUUAGAGCAUGAUGAAUCAGUAUCUUUCAAGAAGCGCAGCAACACAUCUUCCUGUGCUAUGCGAGUGCUCGUGGCCUUGUGCACUAAAACAGGAGAAUUUGGCGGAACUAAUAGACGCCGAAAUGUUGAAGAUGAGGAAGAAGAGCCUGAAUUGCUUUUCGUUCGUAGGUUCGUCCUUGAACACGCUCUGAAAGCAUAUAAAGACGCUAUGUCUUCCACUGAGCCGCUCGACAUGAAGUAUUCACGGUUGAUGUGCCUUGCGGACCUCUUCGAUAAAAUGCUCAGCGGCUAUACUUUUGCUAGUGGUGACACGACAUUCCCAUCGUCGACAAGACAACUCGCUAAGACAAUGUUCGAGAAACAUUUCAUAUCUGCAUUGACAGCUUCAAUUGCUGACGUCGAUCUCAACUUCCCUGCAUCGAAAAGGGUUAUCAAGUACAUCCUCCGGCCUCUGAAUAAGCUGACGCAAACUGCUGUCCUACUGAGCGAGAGCUCUAGCAUCUCCACUCUGGGCGAAACCGAAGAAUAUGAGAUAUCGUCCGCGACAUCGGUGUCGGACUUGGAUGAUGAUCGUGAAGAAACUCCAGAUCUCUUUAGGCAUUCGACGUUAGGCAUGUUAGAGCCUAAUCAUGAAGAAGACACUAGUGAGGAGGAGUCUGAAGAAGAUGACGAGAUGUAUGAUGACGAGUACGGUGACGAAAUGGAUUACGACGAAGAUUUACCUGAAGAUGAUGGUGAGGUCGUUAGCGACGAAGAUGAGGAUCUUGAUGGUCGAGGUCCCAUUGAGGGGUUGCCAGGAGACUCCGGCAUGGACAUUGAGGUUCUUCUUGACGAAGAUGAAGACGAUGACACUGAUGACGAUGAUGAUGAGGAGGAUGAUGAUGAUGACUCGGAUAUGGAUGAUGAUGACGAGAUCAUGGCGGGAGAGAUCACUGGUGAUCGUGACAAUGAUAGCUUGGCAAGGGAUGAAGAUGAUGAUUGGGAAAGUGAAGACAUGUCAGAGGAUAAUGAGGAAGCGGUGGAAAUGCUCAAUCAGCUUGAAAGUGAAUUCGGUGACUUUAGACAGGCUGAUCCUCAAGGCGAUGGAUCGCGCUUUGAAAACUUAUUCCGUGUUAUUCAUGAAGCGGCUGGUGCCAUAGAUGAUUUUACAGCAAAUAGAAUAGGGGGUGAUCCGCAGGAAGACUUGGUCAUCGAUGGAAUGAAUGAGGAAGAAGAUGAGGAGGAAGAAGAUGAGGUUGAUGAAUUAGAAGAAGGAAUGGAUGAUAUGGAUGACGAUCAGCUUUCUUAUGAUGAAGGCAUUGAUGAUGAAGACAUGGAGCCAUGGGGUUGGGAUGGCGAGGAACCGCCGUCCCGCCAUCAUCACCAUCACCAUCAUCGCCAUGUACGUGGAACACCAGCAUGGACAAGCUUUCCUAGUGGCAUUAAUCGCCAUGGUAUUAUUCCUAUUCCGCCGUACCAUCGUUCUCAACGUCAAAUGGGUUCUCGUAAUACCGAUGAUGGCACAAAUCCACUCCUCAUCCGUUCCGAUCGCGGACCCGAUGGUACCGGACAAAUCCGUGGGGCAGGUAAUGAGGCCUUCACAGACUGGAUUCAAGGGGGAGAUUCGACAGUGACUGGUCGAGUAAUAUCCAUGGAUACGCCCGUUAGUUUCAUGAAUGCUAUUAUGCAGGCUAUUGAAGGCCAGGGCGGACCUGGUUUUGGUGUUAUUACUCGACCAGAUGGUAUUCAUGUCCAUGUUGAUCGCCGAGCAUUAAUGCCUGGUAAUCAGCUACAAGGAAUCUUUGAACUGGGUCGGCCACAAAACCCAACCAAUAGAUCUCGGGAUGAUCCAUUGCAGGCGAUUAGCUUUGCCCUAGCAACUACAACUGCUAGGUGGCAAGAAGAGGCCCGUAUUCUUUUCAGCAGUAACCAUAUUGAAAAGGCUCAGCGUGUCAUCAACUUCCUGUUGCGUGCACUCGUGCCUCCAGCCAUUGAGGAAGAAAAGAAGCGCCGCGCAGAAGAGGAAGAUGCCCGUAGACGUCGGGAGGAAGCGCGCUUGGAGAAGGAGAGAGCCGAGCGUCUCGCUAGAGAAGAAGAAGAACGUGAACAGAGGAGAAAGGAGGCUGAAGAGGCCGCUCGGCGUCAGGAAGAACUGGCGCAGCAACCUACCGUAGAAGCCGAAGAGGUAGACGAGCCUAUGAACGAUGCGGAGAGUGCAGAGUCGUUGGCUGAAGCAGCUAAUGCUGAAGCUCAAGAAACGGGGCCUUCUGAACCAGUACAGCGUAUUUACACCAAUAUUCGCGGCCGCCAAGUGGACAUCACGGGGAUGGAGAUUGAUCCUGAGUACUUGGAGGCUUUGCCAGAAGAUCUCAGAGAGGAGGUCAUCAUGCAACAACUGGCUGAACAACGAUCUCAAGCCGUCGCUUCCGGAGAGGAGCCUACAGAUAUCAGCCAGGAGUUCUUAGAAGCUUUGCCGCCAGAGAUCAGAGAGGAGAUUCUGCAAGCAGAAGCUGCGGCCCGGCGACGUCGUGAGCGAGAAUCUGCUCGUCGACAAGUUGCUGCAAGUGGAGGCCCAGCUCACGCAGAGGAAAUGGACCCGGCAAGUUUUAUGGCGACUCUCGACCCUUCGUUGCGACAGUCCGUUCUCGCAGACCAGCCCGACGAGAUCCUAGCGACUUUAGGACCGGAAUUUCUGUCAGAAGCCCGGGCACUCCCCGGUAGGCGGCUUGCACAAUUCGGAGACGUUGGCCGUGUCGAGCAACGACAUCGGGAUGAAGUACAUGAUCAGGAUAACAAAAAACCUCAGCGUCGCCAAAUAGUGCAAAUACUCGAUAAGGCUGGAGUUGCCACAUUGCUUCGUUUGAUGUUCAUGCCUCUACAAGGUAAUGCGCGCCAUCAACUCCAUGAUAUCCUUCACAACGUCUGCGAGAAUCGUCAAAAUCGAGUGGAAACCAUCAGCCUUAUACUCUCUAUUCUCCAAGACGGAAGCUUGGAUUCAGCGGCAAUUGAACGGAGCUUUGCUCAAUUAUCGCUACGCGCUAAAAUGCCUCCUGCUCAGAAAACACCUCAGUCUGCCAAGCGUCCACAAGUCCCUCCGGCGUCUAGCAGUGCCAAUAACGACGUGACGCCUCUUCUUGUGGUGCAACAAUGCCUUGACACGCUCUCUUUCCUGACUCAGUAUAACCCUCAUAUUUCCUGGUUCUUCCUUACUGAACACGAAUCAGCGUCUAUGUUGAAACUCAGAGCUAUACGCAAAGGGAAAGGAAAGGAAGCCAAGGAUAAUAGAUAUCCCCUCAAUGCACUUCUUUCCCUGUUGGAUCGAGAUAUGAUUAUGGAAAGCCCGAAUUGCAUGGAGCAACUGGCUCACCUCCUUAGUGCUGUAACCCAACCCCUCACUAUUCUUCUUCGACGUGAAAAGGAAAAGCAAGAAGAGGCCCCCAAGGGCAAAGAACCCGAGCGUGCUGCUGAUGCAGCAAAUGCCUCAGGCGGUGCUACUGGUCAAGCUACAGAGGUACAUGAUACCGACAUGUCUGAAGUUGCGGAUGCUGCCGGCAUCAAGACGAGCGAGAACGAGGAGAAGCCGAAAAAGCGAACAAUCGAACCUCCAGUGAUUCCAGACCACAAUUUGCAGCUGGUGGUGGGUAUUCUUGCUGCCCGCGAAUGCAAUGGCAAGACUUUCCGGGAGACGCUUUCCACAAUUAACAACCUAUCAGCGAUCCCCGGUGCGAAAGAUGUCAUCGGCAAGGAACUCAUCUCGCAAGCGCAAGCAUUAAGCGAAGCAAUCCUGAUCGAUCUCGAUGAGCUUCUCCCACAUAUCGAACAAGCAAGCUCUGGUACAGAUGUGCAGGGGUUAGCCUUGUCAAAAUUCUCACCCGCUAGCUCCGACCAAGCCAAGUUGCUCCGUAUCCUGACUGCACUUGAUUAUCUCUUUGAUCCGAACCGAGUUGACAAGGUUAAAGGCGCUGAACCAGAGUCCGCACCUAAGGAGGAUGUUCUCAAAACGCUGUACGAAAACUCAACAUUUGGACCUCUUUGGAGUAAGCUCAGUGCAUGCUUGACGAUCAUAAGACAAAAGGAGAACAUGCUCAACGUCGCCACAACUUUGCUUCCUCUAAUUGAAGCUCUGAUGGUCGUUUGCAAGAAUACGAGUCUUAAGGAUGCACCCAUUUCGCGCUUCGGUAGGGAACUGUCGGUUGCAACUCCCACCUCUGAGAAUGGCCCGGGUAUGGAGAACCUGUUUUUUAACUUUACUGAGGAGCACCGUAAGAUUCUCAAUGAGCUUGUUCGUCAGAAUCCACGACUCAUGAGCGGAACAUUCUCCCUACUUGUCAAAAACCCUAAGGUUCUGGAGUUUGACAAUAAACGAAACUACUUCACCCGCCGUAUUCAUGCACGAAGCGCCGAUGUACGACAACCUCAUCCUCCUCUCCAACUUUCUGUUCGAAGAGAUCAGGUAUUCUUGGAUUCUUUCAAGAGCUUGUAUUUCAAGACCGCAGAAGAGGUCAAGUAUGGAAAACUCAACAUUCGUUUCCAUGGCGAGGAGGGUGUCGAUGCCGGCGGUGUGACUAGGGAAUGGUUCCAAGUUCUUGCACGUGGCAUGUUCAACCCUAACUAUGCGCUCUUCAUCCCAGUUGCAUCCGAUCGAACCACAUUCCAUCCCAACCGGCUGAGCGGUGUCAACACUGAACACUUGAUGUUCUUCAAGUUCAUCGGUCGCAUUAUUGGCAAGGCUCUUUACGAAGGCCGUGUUCUUGAUUGUCACUUCAGUCGAGCCGUGUAUAAAAGUAUCCUUGGGAAGUCUGUGUCGAUCAAGGAUAUGGAGACUCUGGAUCUGGACUACUACAAAUCAUUGCUAUGGAUGUUGGAGAACGAUAUCACAGAUAUCAUCACUGAGACAUUCGCCAUUGAGACUGACGAUUUUGGCGAGACUCAAGUGAUCGAUCUCAUACCAAAUGGUCGCAACAUCCCGGUAACCCAAGAGAACAAGGAAGAGUACGUCCAGCGAGUGGUUGAAUACAAGCUAGUUGGAUCUGUCAAGGAACAACUUGAAAAUUUCCUUAAAGGUUUCCAUGAUAUCAUCCAACCUGAUCUCAUUUCAAUCUUCAAUGAACAGGAGCUCGAGUUGCUCAUUUCUGGUUUGCCCGAAAUCGACGUUGAUGACUGGAAGAACAAUACGGAGUACCACAACUACUCCGCCUCGUCGCAACAAAUCCAAUGGUUCUGGCGAGCAGUUCGGUCAUUCGAUAAGGAGGAGCGGGCGAAGUUGCUGCAAUUCGUGACAGGUACCAGCAAAGUGCCACUCAAUGGUUUCAAGGAGCUGGAAGGUAUGAAUGGGUUCAGCCGGUUCAAUAUCCAUCGGGAUUAUGGCAACAAGGAUCGCCUGCCUAGUUCUCAUACAUGUUUCAACCAACUUGAUCUGCCGGAGUACGAAUCGUACGAGGAUCUUCGAUCGCGACUCUACAAAGCCAUGACUGCCGGUGGCGAUUACUUUGGCUUUGCAUAAAAAGUUACUAGCGGAUUUAUUGACUAUUCCUCAUGAACUCUAUGGGAUCAUCUCAAGGAUAUGCACAUUGUACCAGCAUGCAAGGGCGCUUGGUUUUCUACUAAAUUGUCUUGUUGUUUUCUUGUUCUUUCUCGUUUAUUUUCAAGCAUCAAAAGGUGCAGAGACGCUUUACGGCCUUUGUAUUUUAGAUUUAUUUGUUUUUCUUCUAAGCGACUUAGAUGGAGCUUGGCCUGAGAAAAGUUCGUUCUCCGAGGGACUGAUUUGAAGUGCAGGUCAGUCAGUCUUCAUGUGGAUACGAACAUCUUGUUUAUUCCUCUAUGUCAUAUCGAUAGUUGAAGAAUCAAUGAUAGUCUCCAUCUAUUCC